GAGAGUGAAGGGAGUGGCAGACGCCGACAAACCUCAUGCCGGGAAGCCGACGGAUCAUCCCAGCACUGAACAUCGGAAGUUAGUCGGCGCCGACUUCUUUUUAUUUGGUUUUGGACUUUAUAAGGUAGAAUGGAGACGGAUAUUCGCCAUCCUCACAUUUAGUGCCUCGACAAAAACCCUCAAUUGCUGUGAAACUUGAAGUUUCUCCGGUGGACAUAAUGAACGUGCUGAAGUCCAGUGGCUUGAAGAUCCCUGGCAGGGGUCCCAAACACUCCAGUCCAGUGGGACGAACAACUGUCGCCCCAUCCACCAGUCCUGCAGCUCAGAAAGAUAGUUGCCUCUACAAGCACACCACCCCCACCCCCAGCAGCAAUGCCUCAGACAAGUCCAGUUCCAAAGCCUCUGAGGUAGGUGAUGAGGUGGCGGGAGACUUUGUGGUGGGUGAGCGUAUCUGGGUAAAUGGAGUAAAGCCAGGAGUCAUUGCCUAUCUUGGAGAGACACAAUUUUCCCCAGGACAGUGGGCAGGAGUGGUUCUCAAUGACCUGGUUGGGAAGAAUGAUGGCUCGGUCAACGGGGUGCGUUACUUCGAGUGCCAGCCAUUGCAAGGCAUCUUCACCAGGCCUUCCAAACUUAUGCGACAGCCCAUCGGAGAUGGCAGCGAUGAGCUACAGCAGAACACACAGCCACAGGGAGGUGCAGGCGGCCAGCGUGUGGUCAUGCCGCUUAGAGAAGGGAUGCUCAACAGCUCCGUUAAGACCGGCAAUGAGUCUGGAUCCAACAUGUCUGACAAUGGGUCUGUGAAGAAGGGGGGAGAGAAGGACCUUAAGGUUGGAGAUCGAGUGCUGGUUGGUGGCACUAAAACAGGAGUAGUGCGUUAUGUGGGCGAGACUGACUUUGCCAAGGGCGAGUGGUGCGGGGUGGAGCUGGACGAGCCGUUAGGGAAAAACGAUGGCGCUGUAGCUGGAACCAGAUAUUUCCAGUGCCCGCCCAAAUUUGGCCUCUUUGCUCCGAUCCACAAAGUGAUCCGCAUUGGCUUCCCGUCCACCAGUCCAGCUAAAGCUAAGAAGAGCAAGCGUAUGGCAAUGGGCGUGUCGUCUCUGGCUCACAGUCCCUCCAGCUCCUCCAUCAGCUCCGUCAGCUCUGUAGCCUCAAGUGUCGGGGGCAGACCCAGCCGCACAGGCCUGUUGACAGAAACAUCUUCGAGGUAUGCACGGAAGAUCUCUGGGACCACAGCACUGCAGGAGGCCCUGAAGGAGAAACAGCAGCACAUAGAGCAGCUCUUGGCUGAGAGAGACCUAGAGCGGGCCGAGGUUGCCAAGGCAACCAGCCACAUCUGUGAGGUGGAAAAAGAGCUGGCGGCACUGAAGGCCCGACAUCUGCAGUAUGCAACAGAGUUAGAGAGCAAUCUACAACAAGUUCGAGCCCUGCUUGCAAGCACACAGAAGGACAAAGUGGAACUGGCCAAUCAACUUGAGGAAGAAAAAAGGAAGGUGGAGGAUCUUCAGUUCAGAGUUGAGGAAGAGUCCAUUACCAAAGGAGACCUGGAGACUCAGACCAAACUGGAGCAUGCCCGUAUUCGGCAGCUCGAGCAGUGUCUGCAUUUGGAAAAGUCCAAAGCAGAGCGGCUUCAGAAAGAGUUAGUGGAGAAGAUGCAAACUACAGUCGAGGAGAAGAGCCGGGUUAUGCAAUUGGAAGAGGAGCUGGGCGUGCGCAAGGCGGAGGUCGAGGAGCUCCAGGCUCGGCUGCAGAGAGGCUCUUCCAGCCCCGGUACAGAUGCUAGAGACACGGGGCCAUGCUUGAGCUCUGAGACUCUGGUUUUGCGAGAACAGCUUAUCUCUGCUGGCCGAGAGCACCGCGAAGAAAGCAGCCAGUUGCGCGAGAGGUACGAGGCAUCCCUGAGCACCAGCCAGAAAGAAGUUGAUCGCCUUAAAGCCACCACAGAACGUCAAAGCCAGGAGAUCUCCGACCUGAAGCAAAGACUUCAGCAGGCCACACGUGAAAAUAUAGAGAUGAUGGACAUCUGGAAAGCCAAGCUUGAUACCUUGGUUGGAGACCAUCAACGUGCCCUAGAGGAGCUAAAAGCCUCAUUAACAGGAGAUGAUGGAGCAGCUGAAAGCAGCGGAAGAGAAGGUGAAAGAACCACACCUGAGAUGAGAGCAGCUCUGGAGAGCUUAAAGAUGGAGCAACAACUGGAGUUGGUAAACCUGAAGGCCAGACAUGAGAUUGAAGCUGCAAUGAUGGCAAAAGAGCGUGAAGACCUUCGUGCCCGACUUCAGGAACUCCGAGACCAGCUAGAAGAGAGUGAGGAGAACUGGAGAAUCCAGGUGGAAACGAAGAGCAACCAGCAUAGUCUGGAGCUUAAAGAGGUCUCAGAGAAGGUCCAGAAGGCCGAGCUGAGGAUCGGCGAGAAUGAGAAGUCACAUAAGCAGCAGGAAAGGGCCAACCAAGUUCUGAAAGAGCAGCUGGAGCUGGCUGAGAAGAAGAUGAUGGACUAUGAGGCCCUGCAGAAGACUGAAGCUCAGAGCCGAGCAGAGAUCCUCUCUCUUCAGGAGAAGCUAAGGGUCAGUGAGAACCGACUGCAAGCUAUGGAGGCAGAUCAUACCAACCAGGAUGUCAAUAUGAUAGAAAAUAACGACAACUCAGAAGAGAAGAGUAAAUUAAAACAGAACAUGGAAGAAACGCUGGAGAAACUCACAAAACGGGAAAAAGAAGUAUUCACCCUAACAACCCAAGUAGAUGCUCUAAAGACCCAAAUAACUGCCUUGGAGGAAAAGGUUUGUUUGGGUGAGAAGAAGACAGAUGGACUCUUUAGGGAGAAGAUGCGUUUGGAGGCAGAGCUGGAGUCCAUGACCAAAAAAUCUCACGAUGCUUCAGGCCAGCUGGUGAUUAUUAGCCAGGAGCUGCUGAAGAAAGAGAGGAGCCUGAAUGAGCUGCGGGUAUUGUUGCUGGAAUCGCCGCGUCACUCUCCUGGAGUGGAUCGGGAACUGAGUCGUGAAGUACACAGGGCAGAGUGGAGGGUGAAGGAACAGAAACUACAGGAUGACAUCAAAACCCUAAGGGAGAAACUAUUGCUGCUGGGUCAGGAGAGGGCGUCCCCUGACCACCGCCGGUACUCAAUGAUGGACCCUUCUGCUUCAGACACCGAGAUGUCCCGUCUUCGUCAACGGCUUCUGAGCACAGAAGAUGCUCUGAGGAAUGCUCUAGAACACAACCAAUACGUGGACCAACUAGUGCAAGCUAUGCAUACUCGCCCGGACAAGAACCAGGCACAUGCUAGUGCAAAUUCUGCAAAUGGAAUCCAUCAAGAAGACGCUUCCUUAACACAAGAGGAAGAACACUGAUGAGGGCUAAAGAAAUGUGUGGAUGUAUUAAGGAGGAAUGGAGGUGUAUUGCAAAAGAAGAAUCCUGUUUGAUGCCUUGACCUUUGGACUAAUGCUUCACUGGACAUCGUAUUUUCAGAUUUCAGUUACCACCAAAACAACAACUUUAUAGAUGAACAAACAGAAACCACAUGUUGAAUAAUAUCUAAAAUGAUCUGAGAUGCUAUAAAAAGUCUGAUAUGGUUUCAAUGGUCAUGGUACAACUUCUGACACUGACACUGACCCCUGUAGACUACCUCCGAGAUGGACAUUGAUAUCUGACUUGCAAAAUGAGAGCACAUUGGUCAGGAUGCUUGAAUCCUCGGAAAAACAUUACUCUGCUAUACUCCCAAUUGGCUGUAACCGGUUGCAGUUUAGAAUACGAUUUUGGCCUCAAUUUAUAUCUGUUUAAUUUAUUUGCCAUUUAUGCUUUUCACCUUAUUUUAGAUUAAAUAAUCAAAGAGAUAGACUGGCCAACUCCCAGCUUAGGGUUUGAAGGACCCGAGCGUGUCAGUCUUACUAGAGACUGUAGCAAACCAGUAAAUAAAAAAGAUAGGCUCCCAUGCUGGAUUUCUUUACCUGCUCAUUUUUGUUUUCAUUGAGACUGAUGAUGAAUUACACAGUAUUCAGCAACCAUGUUAAGCGAAAUUAGUGAGUUAAGGUGCACCAUGAAGUUACAAGAGCCAGUAUUGCAGUUUUAAGUAAACAUUAGUGUGUGCCCUUGCAUUAUUAUACAAUUUUAGCAGACAACUCCCAAUAUGUAGUUAAAUUCAAUAUUAAGCCAACUGCUUUAAUUUGUUGUUUUUAAAACUGAUGCAGUGUAAAUCACAAUGCUGAAUCAUUUCAUUGAUCUGUUUUAUUUUAGUUCUUCGUAAUUCAGUAUUACCUACAACUUCCCUUUGGAGUGUCUUUUCUUACACUCUAAAGGGAAGGUACUACAUGCAUAAGUGAGGAUGACGUUCUGUGGUUUCAUCUUUCAAUUGGCAUUUUCUAGAAGUGACAUUUUGUUAAUAGUAAACGUUAUAUGUUUCAUUACAGGUACACACUCUUAAGAAUGCAUUUUGCUUCUUAAAAGAUAUUGCUUUUGAAGUUUAAAACAGGUUUAAAACUGUAUUUAGAUAAAAGGAAUUUCCUUUUCACCGGUAGUACCGCCCAACAAACAAAGACGCGAUUCUGUGACACAUGCAUUUAUUAAGUGUGUUAAUCUAAGAUCAGAUUCCACUUUGUCAAUACAGAUCUUUGUAAUUAUGAACUACAGAUCAGGUCUGAUGUUGAAACAAUACAAAAACAACCGGAAUUGCAAUCCCAUAAAUCAAUAUAUACACAGUGGUAAUCCAGAAGUUAUUCUCUCCAUUAAAACAAUACAUUAAUACUGUGCAAUUUGGUCAUAUUUGGUUAUAAAGCAACUUUUUACUCACAUGAUUGUCAUUUCAAGCUAAAAAAAAAUUUAAUACAAAUAUUUGUAAUCCAAAAGAAGAGGGAAAAUGAUAGGGCUGGCCCCAAGUUUUGCAUUUGAAAUUGCUUCAAAUUGCUGUUGCAUUCAAUAAAAAGAUGCCUUUUAUCUGUUGCAAAACAGUUCACUCACUUAAAACUUGCUGUAAUGGUUCCCGAAAAUCAGUAAUUAAACAUUACCAA